UUCAUCUUCACCAAAGUUCAGGUUGGGCAACGGGCCACGGCUCGCUUCAAGAUCUCUAAUGGCAGCAGUGUCCCAUGUGACGUUGUGCUCUCCAUCAAAGCCUUGCCUGGAGAGCCUCGCAGCCUCAUCAGCAACAUCUUCAAGUUGGAUCCUGUUGAGAUGAGCAUUCCUGGCUUAUCCCACGCCUUUGCUACAGUGACCUUCACUCCAGAACAAAAGGAGGACUACCAGUGCACUUUCACAGCUUCCCUUGUUAGCCCAAAAAGCAGGUCUGUGAAGAUGAAACCCCAAGAGCUGACCUUCACUGUCAGUGGAGAGGGGCACGUGCCUCAGGUGACAGUCGAGUGCCCGGGCCUUCGGAGUAAGAGAGGAACCCCUGUGCUGCGCUUCAGGAGGCUCCUGCUGGGGGAUUCACAGACACUCCCCCUGGUCCUUUGUAACAAUGGCAUCAUACCCACAAAGUUUACAGUUCAUAUCAUGGAUGACCAGGGAGUUUUCUUCCUGAAAAGCACGCAGUCCGCACUCCGUGCCUUCCACACUGCAGACAUGGAAAAGGACUCCACUGGAAAAGCCAAGAAGCCUUACCUGCUCCUGGAACACGGGCAAUCAGCAGAGUUUGACGUGUUUUUCAAACCCACCCUGGCCCAACGUCUGAAAGGGAAGAUCCGUGUGCCAGUGUCAGGCAACAGUGAGAUCGACAUAGAGCUGGUGGGUGAAGGCCACAAUGAUGACUUCACCCUUGAUAACCUCCCUGGACUAGCAGAAGACAGCCAGGAGAGCAAUGCUGAGGGCAAUCUGGAGGACGACAUCAUUGAGGCUGUCAGAGCGAAUCACAUAAAGUUUGGGGAGUGUGCAGUCGGGGAGCUCUACGACAAGACCUUCACAGUCACCAACCGCAGCAAGGAGGAGGUGAUGCGGUUUGAGUGGCUGCUGGCAGAUGCCCCGUUCCAGUUCUCCCCCAAGGUGGGACACCUCCAGCCUGGCUGUGCCAAGAAUAUCAGAGUGACCUUGAAAUCCAAGGUCCCGGUCACCAUCAAAAGGCACUCUGUGAACUGUAUGGUGGACAAGAUCAAAUACCAGCUGCCACCAGAGGAGGUUUGCGACUGGGACGACAGAAUGCGCAGUGAGAAGUGGGAGGAUACCACCGAGAGACUCCCGGGAGCCCGCUGGCCUUUGAAGCGGAGGGUGGUCAAGGCAGUCCCGGAACCACCUCACACCAUCGUGGAGAGGAGCAGCCACGAGGUCGAGCUUGUCCUCAGUGCUCAGGUUGACUACGCCGAGUUCAAACUGGACACGGUCGAGGUUCAGCUGAAGCAGACUGAGCUCUUCCAGACAGAGAUAAGCACUUUCUGGAUGUCCAAUACAGGGAAUGUAGCCCUGAAAUACUGCUGGGAGGAGAAUCUGGAGGAGGAAAUACCAUCAAAGAGUUCUGGGAGGCCGUUCUCGUCCACUCAGACACGUGAUUUCUUGUAGCAAUGAACUUGCCAUAUGCUGUAUGGAAAAAGUCCUGUCAGAGAUGGGCUGGUGAGGAAAACAGCUCUAACCCUAUGGAAACAGAAGCUUUUACUGUAGUUUAAACAUGUCUCAACAUGUUUGUGUAUUUUCUGCAGUGUCACUGUCUCCCUCUUCCCAACACCCCCCUGUGAAGCUAUUGUCUCCCAUACAAGGUGUCCUGAGGUGUCCCAUUGGUCCCCUGUUAACCCCUUCCUAUUGGCUGUUAACCCCUUACCUGAUGGUUUCUUUUGUGUUACCCUGAACUUGUGAUUGGUCCCCUUUGACCCUCCUAAAAGCCUUAUAAACCCCACAAUAAACUUCCUCUUUCCUCCGUCCCUC